AGACUUAUACAGAAUUAUUUAAAAAAAAUCUACGUGUUUUCAUAUCCAAACUGAAUGCAUCCUGAUAUUUGGCGGCAAAAACCAACGACUUGUCCGAUCAAGUCCGAUUGUGAAACGUCAAAAGAAAUAUUUAAUAUAUUUAUUGUGGAUUUGUGGUCAGUGGUGGUGAGGACUAUAAAUUAUAAUCCUUAUUUUUAUACUUUAUUAAAUAAAUGUAACUACUGAGUAAAAUUGAAUCGUGACUAUGCCUGAGGUAAUGAUAUGUGGAAUCCCUGUUAACUUUCCAUUCGAGCCCUAUGAAGUACAGAAAGCAUAUAUGGAAAGGGUCAUUGAAAGUCUUCAAAAUAGUACCAAUGCCUUACUAGAAUCACCUACAGGUACUGGCAAGACCUUGAGUCUGCUCUGUUCUUCGUUAGCAUGGCUACUGGUAAAGAAAGCUCAACUACAGAUGAAUGCGCAAGUUGGAAACUUUUCGGAACAUAGUAACUUUAGUGGCGCAUUGAAAGACAAUUUAAAAGCUGGCGCAGGCAAAGCCAAGGAAUCAGCGUCAUGGGGCAUGCCGAAAAUUAUUUAUUCAUCACGAACUCAUUCACAAUUAACUCAGGCGAUGCAGGAAUUGAAAAGAUCUAGCUAUAGACAUGUUAAAGCGACAGUACUUGGGUCAAGAGACCAAAUGUGCAUCCACCCUGAAGUCUCAAAGGAAACUAACAAUAUGAACAAAGUCCACAUGUGCCAGUUGAGAGUGAAAUCAAGGAAUUGCUAUUUUUAUAAUAAUGUUGAAUCUAAGAAAGAUGACAGAUCAGUAAAGGGUGAUGAUAUAUUAGAUAUAGAGGAUUUAGUUACUGUUGGGAAGAAACUCAAGUGUUGUCCAUACUAUUUAUCAAAAGAGCUAAAACAGGAUGCUGAUAUCAUAUUUAUGCCCUACAAUUAUAUCUUGGAUCCAAAAUCAAGGAAAGCAAAUGGAGUUGAACUUCUAAACAACAUCAUAAUAUUAGAUGAAGCACACAAUGUUGAGAAAAUGUGUGAGGAGUCAGCUUCAUUGCAGAUCAGAACAACAGAUGUUGCUUUAUGUAUUGAUGAGAUAACUCAUGUCAUGAGGUCAUUUGGUGAAGCUGCAGCAGGUGAGGAGCAGAUGGACAUGACAGUAGACAAUAGCCAGCCUAAAGACUUCACUUGCGAUGACCUCUGUGUACUAAAAGAAAUGAUGCUGGCAUUAGAAAAAGCAAUCGAUGAAAUAACUGUUGGUAGUGAAGGGACUACUUAUCCUGGAGGCUUUAUAUUUGAGCUCCUAUCUAAGGCUGAGAUCAAAGACCACAAUCAAAUGGCAGUGAUCACUUUAAUAGAGAAUCUCAUCCAGUACCUGUCCAUGGAUGGAGCAUCUCCUUUUCAGCGUAAAGGUGUUGGCUUACAGAAAUUUGUGGAUUUAUUAAAUGUUGUGUUUAGUGGGACUUCACAUGCUUACAAGGAGAGAGUUAAAAUGUGCUACAAGGUCCAUAUCCAUAUAGAAGAUAAGAAAAAUAAUAGGAAGACUGAUAGUUGGGGAGCCCUCAAAACCACUACCUCAAAGAUAUCUGAAAGAGUUAUCAGUUAUUGGUGCUUCAGUCCAGGGUUUGGAAUGAAGCAACUCAUAGAACAAAAUGUUAGGAGUAUUAUAUUAACUAGUGGAACUCUAGCUCCUUUGAAGCCACUGACUUCUGAAUUAGGUAUCCCUAUUGGAGUCCAGUUGGAAAAUCCCCAUAUAGUGAAAUCUAACCAAAUUUGUGUAAAGAUAAUGGGGCAAGGACCUGAUGGAGUGCAGCUAAAUUCAAACUAUCAGAACAGGGAUAAUCCUAAAUAUAUAUCAUCACUAGGAAGAACCAUAUUGAGCUUCAGCCGGGUUGUACCUGAUGGCCUGCUAGUAUUUUUUCCAUCAUACCCUAUAAUGACCAAGUGCCAAGAAAUGUGGCAAAAUGAGGGUAUAUGGUCAAGUAUAAAUAAUAUUAAGCCAAUAUUUGUUGAACCUCAGCGCAAAGAUACCUUUAAUGCAAUAAUAAGUGACUAUUACAGUAAAAUAAGUGACCCAAAUACAAGAGGAGCUUGCUUCAUGGCUGUCUGCAGGGGAAAAGUAUCAGAAGGUUUAGACUUUGCUGACAUGAAUGGAAGAGCAGUUAUAAUAACUGGCUUACCAUUUCCACCUUUAAAAGACCCAAGAAUUGUUUUGAAAAAGAAAUACUUAGAGGAGCUUAGAGUAAAAGAUAAACAAUAUUUAUCAGGAGAUGAAUGGUAUUCUCUAGAAGCAACAAGAGCUGUAAACCAGGCUAUUGGCAGAGUCAUUAGGCAUCAAAAUGAUUAUGGUGCAAUUUUACUUUGUGACACCAGAUUUAAUAGCCCGAAACUGAAAAACCAGUUGUCUGCAUGGUUAAGAGACCACAUAAAUGUUUCAAAUAAGUUUGGAGAGACAGUGAGUGAAAUAUGCAGGUUUUUCAAAAAUGCUGAGGCUGCCUUGCCUGCUCCUAGACUUAAGCCACUGCUUCCAAAUGAGUCACACAGUGGAUAUAAGGACUCUGGACUAAUGAAUGCCACUGGUGUUACAUUUCCAGUUACAAAAUCGAGAUUAGUGUCAAAAUCUUCAAAUAACAAGUCUGUCAGUCAGUACCCUAAUUCAAAUGAAGUCUAUGCUGACUUUUCAAUGGACUUCUAUAAGAAUGCUAAAAAGUCUGCCUAUGUUAAUGAGUUCAAGCCCAGUGCUACUAAAGAUCUCUUCACUGCUAUAGAUCAGAAUGAAAGUCAGCAAUCACAGUCACCAUCUUUAGUUACUAUACACAAAAGAGUUGCAGAGGAUGUCAGUGUAGCAAAUAAUUUAGUAAAAAAGAAAAGGUUAAAAAUAAAACCUUUCGGAUUUGAAGAAAAUUUGAAUGCAGAAUCUUCAAAAAGUGAUGAAGCAGGUUCAAGUGCUCUCGAAAAAGUUCCUCCUGCCUCAUUAAUAGAUUUUGUAAAAGAAAUCAAAGUUCUGUUACAAGCAGACCAGUAUAAAGAGUUCCAAUUGUCUAUUUCAGCUUACAAGAAAAAUGGUGAUUAUGAUGUAUUUUUAAAAGUUCUAAGUAAUUUAUUUGAAAAUAGUAAAUUGUUUUAUUUAUUCAAAGGUAUGAAGAGGUUUCUCAAGGAAGAUCAUAAAGUUACAUUUCAAGAAUAUUGUGAUAAAGUGAAUAUUAAUGUAUAGAUUAUGUUUUACUGACAAAAUGCACUUUUAAUAAAAAUAAAUACUAAUUUAUUCUAA